AUGUCUUCGACAAUCCCACCAGACCAGCUCGCCCUGGCCCGCGAGACGGUCCGCCCGAACCUCGUGAAGAGCCUCAUGCUCCAGAACCGCCUCGCCCACUCCUUUGGCCUACGCGUCGCCUUCUCCACUGAGAUGCCCCUCGUCGCCAAGCGCGCGGGGUACUCCGCCGUGCUCAUGAACCUCGAGCACAUGGCCAUGAGCAUGGAGACAAUGAAGGACAUUGCCGUGUCGUGUCUGAACGUGGGAAUCACUCCGACGGUGGUCGUCCCAACGUGCUCCCAAGAAUGGAUCUCGCGCUGCCUCGACUCUGGCGCCCAGGCUGUCAUCGUUCCGCACGUCAACACCGUCGAACAGGCAAAGAUGUGCGUCGACGCGUCGAAGUUUCCUCCACUGGGUCACCGCUCGGUCACAAUGGUCACCGCAAUGACCCAGUACACUACCCAACUAUCCUACGCGGCCAUCGCCGAGGUCGUCAACGAUGAGGUGCUGAUCAUGCCAAUGAUCGAGACCAAAGAGGGCGUCGAGAACGUAGAGGCCAUCGCCGCGGUACCCGGCAUCGACGCACUCUUCAUCGGAUGCGCAGACCUAUGCAUGGAGUAUGCUCUGUUCCCAUCGCACGCUCGAGAAAUGGCUAAUAGUGAAAUAAGACUAGGUAUUCCCGGACAAUACGACUCGGAGCUGUUCCAUUCCACCGUGGCCAAGAUUGCAGGCGCGGCGGAGAAGGCGAGCGUAGACGGCCGCAAGGUGUAUGUCGGACUUGGAGGGUUGGAACCGAGGCCAGAUCUGCUUGAAAAGUUUGCGAAGCGACACUCUCCUAUCCGAUUUGCCAUGGCAGGCCGCGACUUGGCUCUGCUUCUGGCUGGCAUGUCGAAACAAGCAGCGUCAAUGAACGAAAUCUCGACAAGGCUUCAAUAA